AUGAACUUAUCACUGACUGCCUUCGAGAUUGCUUGCGACAAGCAAUUAUUCUCCGACUGCUCUUUGAGCGGAAACACAACAUGCUUCUGCGACAGCACUACACGCUUCAACGAUCUUUUGGAUUGUGUUUCAAGUAACUGCACGACAAUGGAGCUUUUUACCACUAAAAGAUUGCACGAGAAUACUUGUGACAUCACCCCACUCAAAGGUCCGCCAGCAAUCAAUGGAGCAACCCUUGGGCCUAUGAUCCUGGCCACCUUCUUCUUCAUUUCGAGAAUCAUUGCCAAAAGCAGCGGUCUUGCUGGCGGUUGGGGAUGGGAUGACUAUACCAUCGUUGUUUCAUAUAUUCUUGGACUUGCAAUCUACAUUCUCAAUGUUUUCAUGGUCCGUUAUGGGUUCGGCCAAAACAUCUGGGACAUUGUCCCCCUCGACGACAUCAGCACGUUCUACCAGCUCUUCCAGGCUCUUGCUGUGAUGUACAAGGUCCAGAUCUCUCUCGCCAAGAUCUCAGUCUGUCUUUUCCUUCUUCGAAUCUUCCAAUCUCGAUACUUCCGGUACAUCACCUAUGCGCUCAUUGCCGUGAAUGCCGCCAUUGGAAUCACCUGGGGCCUGGUGGACUCUUUCCGCUGCAUACCGACCCGGCUCACAUGGCUCGGCUGGAAGAAUGAAGAGGCUGGAUAUUGCAUCAACUUCAUCGACUCGAUUCUCGUCAACUGCCUGGCGAAUAUUUUCGUCGACUCGGUCCUUAUCGUCUUGCCGGUGUUUGAAGUCGCCAAGCUGCAAUUGCCUCUGCGGAAGAAGCUAACAGUUGCACUGAUGUUCGCCGUGGGAUCUGUCCUCACCAUCAUCGCCAUCAUCCGAGUCAUCGUCUUCUGGAACAACCGUUGGGGCUACAACCAGACCGUCGGUCUAUACCCGCUCAUCUACUGGACCGUCAUCGAAUCCCAGAUCUCCGUCAUGUGCGCCUGUCUACCAGCAUUCCGAGCUCUGAUCGGUCGAUGGCUCCCGGGGUUCUUGGGCGGCACAGCGCGCCGGACAUAUGCGACAGGAGGAGCGGACUACUACCAUAGGUCCGGCGGGAACAGCAACAUCAACAAGUCCGUUACCUACGAAGUCAACUACACCCCACGGUCAGAGACGAACAGUGAUGUGGAACUGGUGGAUUUGGAUGGAAAAUACCAUCGCUGA